AUGGAAUGUCCUUGUCUGGGCAAGGGAAAGUUGCAAUUCCACGAUUGCAAAGACUUGAACAAAGGCAGGGUGGACAGAAAGACAGACGUCGAGUUCCACGGGCCUGUACCGGAUAUUACCAGGCGUGUUCUUCAUCCGAUAGGCUGGCAUGAUUAUGAAUUGGUACGAGUUCUAACGGUGGCACAUUUAGUGUCGCUCCCACAAGAUCAAAUGCACCGGCGAGAAGCCAAGGUCGUCACCGAACAAUGCCACCAAUUAGCAGAGUUUCUUAAGGAUAUAAGAGACCGUGUAAGCGCCGAAGAUGGGGACCGAAUUACUGACAUCCUAGAUGAGAUCGAUGAGGACUUGUCAGAAAACAGGCUCACCCCGACUCCAACACCAUCGCAUCUUGACGUGGACGACAGGCGUGGCUCACAAGAAAGCGGAGAACUCAGUGGUACUGAAUACUUCGAGCGUCAUGAGACCGAAGCCCUGGACCUCCUGGAUGAAGACUUGCAUAGCAAAGACAAGGCCCGAUCAACAGGAUUCAUUGGAAAGAGUUCAGAGGUACAAUGGUUGCGUGCAGUGAUCCUAGCCCAGCACGAAAGAACGGAUACAGAGUGGCCUGGAUCCGAGCCUCAACGCCGUCCUUCGGUUGCUCCAGGUAGCGAGCAGAUAAGUUCGUUUAGCUUCUGGACUGACUGUGACGAUGUGAGUGUCAACUUCUACGUGGACCCAUACGAACUGCCCCAACCCGACUUCGCUGAGCAUUUGAUACGAUGCUAUAUGCUCAGGGUGCACGAUUCCUUCCCGAUCCUGCCACGAAACUUCGAGGAACAAACUCGCGUGUAUUUCACGGCUUUGCGCGCGGGGAAUGCCCCACGUCUCAACCUCAAGUGGCAGGCCAUCUUGAAUCUUGUCUUCGCCAUUGGUGCAAAUUAUUCGUACCUUUACAAUAAGGACUGGCCGACAGGAGACGCCAAUGUGUUCCAAGCCAGGGCGCGGGCGUUUGGUUUGAAUGAAGCUUCUCUAACUACUCAUGCUGAUGUGCCGCGAAUCCAAGGCUUGGGUCUUCUCGCGUUCUACUGGCUAAGUAUCGGACAAGUUAGUCGGUGA